AUGGCGGAAACGAAAUCGAAACCAAUCCCACGAAAAGACAAAAUUUGUGUGUGGACUUUUCCUGAAGGGACACAGCCUGCAGUUCGAGUUGAAGUCGACGGAGGGAAAAUCAAAGCUGAAGAUCUCCUAGAAAUAGCCGGGAAAACUUUGGGAAUUAACACCAACAGCCUACAGUUUUUCGGUCUCUUCCGCGGAAUUGAAAAUCCUACUAAGAAGUACGGUAACAACGAAUUUAUUUACCUUCCAUGCCGCUACGUUAUAUCAAUACAAAAGUGGUCUUUCGACGUUCCGAGAGAGCAAAAGCAUCUUAAAACAGAUGCCGGCGCAAUGCACUUGAUCUGUUUGCAGUGUAUCGAGGAUAUUCGAUGCGGUAGGCUUAAGCCGAAACCAGAUCACAUUCCUCUACUGAAGGAAUACAGAAAUCCAACUUUUCCUUGCGACAAGCAGUACGUGGAACUUUGCCAAAAAAUGUUCGGGUAUGGCUACGUUUUCCUGCACGAUUGCACAAUUCAGAAUGAUGUUAAAAUGAAGGAAGUCUCACUCACACAAGGAAUGCAGGUUAAUCUGAUAGCCAACCGAAGAGGAUUAAUGAUAAAAUCAAAGAAGUCAGCAUUUUUCGCUCCAUGGCGAAAAAUCCGUCGUUGGUCUCAGGCUCAGGGUGACAGCAUUCACUUUGAGAUUUACUUCACAGAGGAGCUGCGGUUUGAAUGGGUAGAGGUAGAAACAGAACAAGUGGCCUUCCUCAUGUCAGUUAUCGCCGAGUUUGUCUACCUUAUGAAAAAAGAUCUAGAUGAACCAGAGGUGAACACAUCCAUUUGGAGCAAGGGAAUCCCAGUAAAAAAGCUGACAUGGAAGCUCAUCAAGAAAGAGCUGUUCUCCAAAGACAAAAAACAAGAGGAGAGUGACGACGAAGAAGAACCCUGCCAGGGAUUUGAUAACCUGGAGGAAGAGGCUUCGACUGAUGAUGAAGGGUCAAGUGAUGACGAAGAAGGGGCUAAAGCUGCUACAUCUUCACGUAAAAGCUCCCAAUACCGUUUCAGUUGAUUUUUUUAGGAUAUCUUUCACAGUUGUCGUCGUAAUUAGACCAGCAAAGCAUCUGAUUGCCGUUCUACUCCUUCAUAUAGACAAACAGUUUUUCGAAUUGUGUUUUGCU